AUGUCUUCUUCUAGAGCAAACCUCGCAAAGUUUCUGAUCCCAUUGGAGGAGAUCCACUUGGCCACCCAAAACUUCAGUUCAGAAACUCUUACUGGAUACGGAAAUGUCUACAGAGGAGAACUCUCUGAACGCUGGCAAAACCGGACUGCUGCCUUCAAACGAUUAAAACCCCUUACCAGUCACCAAGGAGAACAUCAUUUCCUUAAAGAGCUUGAAAUGAUUUCUAGCUACAACCAUGAAAACAUCAUCCCUUUCAUAGGGUAUUGUGAUGAAGGCAAAGAAAUGAUUAUAGUUUCCGAGUAUGCUAUCAAUGGGAGUCUUGCUCAUCAUCUUCAUGACCCCGAUAAGAGCAGUUGCCUAACAUGGGUACAACGCCUGAAGAUUUGCAUAGGGGCUGCAAGAGCACUUGAAUACCUUCACUCACGUCUUGGAGAGAGUCGCCAUAGAAACAUCAAGGCUUCAAACAUAUUGUUAGAUGAUAAUAUGGAAGCAAAAGUUUGUGACUUUGGUUUGUCACUAUUAGUUGACCAAAAACACCAAUACGUGUGUGACUUUGCUCUCGGUGCCAACCUCUACCUAGAUCCUGUAUACAAGGAAAGUGGCAUUGUCAUGAGAGAAUCUGAUGUUUACUCAUUUGGGGUUGUAAUGUUUGAAAUGUUGAGUGGAAUGUUAGCUUAUCAAAGAAAGAGCAUCGGUGAUAAUCAGCAGCAAACACUAAUAAAUUUGGUUAGACGCUAUUAUGAUGAUGGUUUGGACAUAUUAAUUGAUCCUCAGAUUAGAGAUCAAAUUAAUAGUCGUUCGUUCCAUGUGUUUAAGGAAAUUGCAUAUCAAUGCAUUAGUUGGAACUUAAAGGAUCGCCCUACUAUGGACAAGAUCAUCAAGAGCAUUGAGGAAUCACUCGAUAUUCAAAACAAUGAAGCUAAUUCAGUCAUUAAUCCCACACAAAGCUACCAACACCAAAACCUUGAAAACUUUUUAAUUCCACUUAAAGAGAUCAUUCUUGUCACCGAAAACUUUAGUCCACAAAAAUGUAUUGGAGAGAGUGGAUUUACUCGCGUCUACAAGGUACAGCUCUCUGAAUGCUGGCAAAACCAAACAGCAGCCAUCAAGCGCUUUGCUCAGGAUAAUCGUCAAGCCGAGCAUGAAUUCCAUAACGAACUUCAGAUGAUUUCUAGUUUCCACCAUCAAAACAUAAUCUCUUUCAUUGGUUACUGUGAUGAAAGCAAUGAGAUGGUUAUAGUAUAUGAAUAUGCUACCAAUGGAAGCCUGGAUAAUCAUCUCGAAGACCCGCAAAGGAGUUGUUGCAUAACAUGGGCACAUCGUCUGAAGAUUUGCAUAGGGGUAGCAAGAGGACUCGAGUACCUUCACUCGGGUCUUGGGGAGGACCACAUAGUAAUUCAUAGAGACAUAAAGAGCGGAAACAUAUUGUUAGAUGACAAUAUGGAAGCAAAAAUUUGUGACUUUGGUUUGUCACUAUUAGUCAGCCGGAAUCGGCCACAAGUCUAUGAUGCCCCUGCUGGUACCCGAUAUUACAUGGAUCCUAUCUACGAGGAAAGUGGCAUUGUAAAGACAGAGUCAGAUGUUUACUCAUUUGGGGUGGUGUUAUUGGAAAUAUUAAGUGGGAAGCCAGCAUAUUAUCGAAGGACAAUCGGUGGUGAUAAUCAGCCACAAACAAUGAUACAUUUGGUCCGACGAUAUUAUGAAGAUGGAUUGGAUAUCUUAAUUGAUCCUGCUAUAAGGGAUGAAAUUAAUAUUCAUUCUUUCCGUGCUUUUAUGAAAAUAGUGUAUCGAUGCAUUAGUUUGAACAUAAAGGAUCGCCCUACAGUGAAAAGGAUCAUCAACAGGAUUGAGGAAGCACGUGAUAUUCAAUUAACCAUGGUGGUCCUUGUAGUUUGCGAAUUGGUCCUUGAACUUUGUCAUCUCACGUCGCCAAUCCCGUCUAGGUCUCCACGGCGAAGAACAACCACCGCCACAACCACUUGUAACUUCAAAAUCGACCCCUUAACCGCUGCUAAGCCACAAAUUGAGGCCUCCCUUUGUUCGCCCUACCCUUACGACUACAACCCAGCUAACCUCACCAUCUCUAGUUCCACCGAAGAGACUCGUUGUCGAAAACUCACCCUCAUCAGUAAACGACUAUUACAGCCUCAACUACCCCUCCAUUCUCCAAAUCGCUAUCACCUUUCUACUCCUCUCUCCAUCAACGAAAAACCCAUGCCUUCAAAUUCAACCUCCUAUCGCCAGAAAAGUCUCGCUAGAGAAUCCUAUUCUCACCGGAAAAUUUCAAAAUCAGGGCAUGUGGUGGAAAACGAAACAAACCUAAUGAUGGAGAAGGAAACUUUGGCUAAGCAUAAUGAAAUUCCAACGAAGGCACAACUAAGAUUAAGAUGGGACAACAGAUCCGACGAAGGAAGGAGUAGCAUCGAAGAAGGAAGGAACAGCGUCUGA